AUGCCUCAUUCCAAGCAACCUAACCACUUCCAGAGUCUGAUGCUUCUAUACUGGCCUUUGAGCUACCUUGCCAUCUUUUGGAUCUUGCAGCCAUUGUUCAUUUGCCUGCUGUUUACAUCCUUGUGGCCACUACCAGCACUUUACCUUGGCUGGUUGUUCCUGGAUUGGAAGACCCCAGAGCAAGGUGGCAGGCGUUCAGCCUGGGUAAGGAACUGGCACAUCUGGACCCACAUCAGGGACUAUUUCCCCAUUACAAUUCUGAAGACUAAAGAACUGCCACCUGAGCACAACUACCUCAUGGGGGUUCACCCCCAUGGCCUCCUGACCUUUGGCGCCUUCUGCAACUUCUGCACUGAGGCCACAGGCUUCUCGAAGACCUUCCCAGGCAUCACUCCUCACUUGGCCACGCUGUCCUGGUUCUUCAAGAUCCCCCUUAUUAGGGAUUACCUCAUGGCCAAAGGUGUGUGCUCUGUGAGCCAGCCAGCCAUCAACUACCUGCUGAGCCAUGGCACUGGCAACCUCGUGGGCAUUGUAGUGGGAGGUGUGGGAGAGGCCCUGCGAAGUCUGCCCAACGCCACCACCCUGAUCCUCCAGAACCGCAAGGGAUUUGUACGCACAGCCCUCCAGCACGGGGCUCAUCUGGUCCCCACCUUCACUUUUGGAGAAACCGAGGUGUAUGAGCAGGUGCUGUUCCAUCAGGAUAGCAGGAUGUACAAGUUCCAGAGCUGCUUCCGCCGUAUCUUUGGUUUCUACUUUUGUAUCUUCUACGGACAAGGCUUCUGGAAAGGCUCCAUUGGACUACUGCCAUACUCCCGACCUAUUAUCACUGUGGUCGGGGAGCCUCUGCCACUGCCCAAAAUUGAAAAGCCAAGCCAGGAGAUGGUGGACAAAUACCAUGCACUCUAUAUGGAUGCCCUGCACAAACUGUUCGACCAGCAUAAGACCCAGUAUGGCUGCUCAGAGACCCAAAAUCUGCUUUUCCUGUGA